AAAUAAAAAAUAAUUUUAAUUAAUUAAAAUAAUAUUGAAAAAAUUGCUGUUUCUAGAAAUACUUUUUUCAUAAUCACUACAUAUCCAUGAAUUUUUUAAAAGUAUUUUCCUUGCUUUCAGUCUUUGCACGAAUUUUUUUUGUUGUCCUUUGUACGAAUUUUUUUGUCCUCUUCCCCACCACUUUUCCAAUGGUCUUUUCCAAUGCCCCCCUCCCAACCACUUUUCCAAUUAUUUUCCAAAGCAUAUAAAAUAAAAUGAAAUAAAUAUUUUCCAGAAAAACGUGACUUUUCUUAGAAAAUUAGGAUAGAUUGAUGUACAUGGAUUGCAUGGGAUAUAGAGGGUCGAAUGUGCAGCAUGUUCACAUUUAUACUUCACAAAUUUUCGAAACAAUAUCAAUAUGGCGCAAAAAUUUGAUUGCUAGAAUUUGUCGUUCUGAAGUGAAAAUGGAAGAAUCAGGCAGUAGUUUUGUGGUAAGAUAGUGAAUUAUUGCUAGAUUAAGCAUAAUUUAAGGUCCCUAUCAUAAAGAAAAACUAUUUCACAUCGUUAUCAUUCAUGUGUUAAUUAUGUGUGAUUUUAUACUGUGACCGAUGUCAAGAUCAAUUUUUAUAUGUUUUUUGUUAGCCAACAACCUUACCUUUACGAGGACAUCUGCAAGCCACUUGGGGAGGUGAAAAUUCUCUCUGGGUUUAUUCAGGACAAGGUAAGAAAUGAACUAAAUCUGUAAUGGUCAAUCUGUCAUGUCUGAUACCAGAGAGGUUCAGCUUUGACUACCAUAAUUAACAACCAAUCAGAUGCAUUCAAUAUACCCAAUUAACCACUCAACGAGACCUAGCACUACCAGCAGAGUGGAAUAUCAAAUCUAAACCCGGUCUAUUGACAAAUGUUCCUGGUAGUUGGUUGAUCUAAUGCCAUGAAGGCCCAUAUUUAUGGACAGAGACAAAUAAUCCAUCAAGACGAUACAUGUGUAGAUGAUCAAUGCAGAUCUCUUGACAGAUGAUCCAUCUGUUUGCAGCAUUUUUCAAAGAAUAAUUAUAUCAGACAAAUAUAUAUUUUCUUUGCCGAAGUCUGACCAAUGUUUGUUUUCUGUUUAUCCAGCAAAUGGCAGCUCAGGAGCCUCGUUCACGCCGACUACAAUUCACCAGAUGAGAAUGGACGCUGACUUACAAAAUAAUACAACAAGACGAUUGAUAAAUGAAACACAUGGUAUCAGGAAUACUCAUUUGUGAACAUACCUUAGCUCAAAGCUGCGAUAUGAUACCAAAUAAUUGUCAAUUUUAUAAUUUAGGAAUUUUCUUAGACCUACAACAACUCGAUAAAGCUCCUGCACAAUCAAAGAAAGCUAGGUAAAAAACUUUGGGAAAUGCAAAAUUUUGUGAUUAUUUUCAAAGUGCCUAUCUUCCAAAGCAAUGUUAACAAAAGUGAUGAACUUGAUCUACUUUAGUUUGGUGACAUUCAGUCGCCGAUAUCGAGCUGUGCUGAGAGCAUGUUUAGUCACCUUCAAAAAAGACGACACAGAUUUUGUCGACCAUACUGAUGAAUAUGAUCAGGUAGUUAACAGACUGGUUCAACAAAGUUUUUGUGACUUGCUGUAGGUAUUAAAUCCAUAAUUCUAAUUAUCAUACAUCAAUUUACAGAUAAAAUUAUUCAGUUUUGUUGAGUUAGUGUGGCAUCUUUGUGAAAUCUUAUUAAUUGAAAAUCUGCCAGGUCAGUUAUGAUUCUUCUUGCUGUGGUGAAUGUUGUUUUUUUCUAUUGUUUUUAUAACAUUCUUGACAACAAACAACUAUAUUUUUCCUUCAGGAGGCAUAGUUCUUCAACAUUUGCUUGACUGGGUGAAAUGGCAUUGUGAUACUGCUGACAGAUUAGCAAGAGAAGUUGCUGACUCAGCAGAACCUGUUGAAAAUUACAAUUACUGGCCAGCUGUAUGUUGGUCCUUGUUUAACAACAUUUGAUUGACAGUAGAAUAACUGUGAUAUUAUAGUUCAGUAAAAUACACUACAGAAGUGCAUUAAACUAUGGUGACGUGCAGUACAGUUAGGUAUAGUAUAGUGCAGUACAGUACAGUACACUACACUACAGUACAAUACAGUACAGUACAGUAAAGUACAGUACAAAUAGGUAUACUGCAGUACACUACAGUACAAUUCAGUGGCAUUACACAAGACAUUGUGAUGCAUAUAACAUCAGCAACAAAUAUUCUGUGUUCUAGAUCUAUCACUUAUUAUUCCAAGGACGUACCAAAGAAGUGCGAGAUUUAUUAGCUCAACACCCAGAUCGCAAUCCAGACGGCCAAGAUGUGAGUGUGUGUAUGCAAGAUGCAGCAAUUUCUUUGCCUGUUUUGGCAGUGCCACCUUAACCGCCACAAUAACUCAAUUUGUUGUAAAUUUGUUUCAAGCAAUUUGCAAUCGUUGAUGACCUUCUAAAGAGAAUGCCAUCGUUUAAGGUACAUCUAAAAAAUUCUUGGAAUUCUGCUAUAUUUUUAUGAAGAAAUUCCAGGAAGCAAUUCUAAACACAAUUUUCAAUGGUUUAGUCAUUCCUUGGCCACUCAGAGUUUGCAAUGAAAUGGAAUUACUGGAAACAAGAAUGUCAGAACCGAUGCUCUCACGGCGACCUGUCAUCAUAUCCUGAACUACUGCUUGUUGCUCAGGUUGAGAAAAAUUCAAUAUUCACUUUUUCUACUCUCAUUUCCACAUUAUCCUACAAAUACAUUAACUGAUGAAUGAUUACCAGCUAGUUUACAGCAUGGUGGCUAACUUGUAAAAAAACCCAACAAGAUAAGCAUCCUACAAUUGCCUCAGAAUUUUCCCCCAAGCUUUGUUGGGCGAGUAAAGUGGAUCUAAAUAAAAAUGACAUCUUGAAAAGGACCAUGCAAACGUCUUCAGUGGCAGGCCCUAAUGGUCUAGACUCAUUUUAGAAGUUUCAAUUUUCUUGUAAUUGCAUUCUUCAUUCGCAGUAUUGGUUUUUUCCAGAUUCUAUGUGGUGGCAAGGAGGCAUUCAUUGAAGUAAAGUAAGAAAAAGUUCCCAGAAAUAUUUCGGUAUUUGUUCUUGACGAAAGGUGGAGGUUUUUUAUCAAGUUGUAUUUUCUGUUAGGGAUAUCUGUCAAGAUUUAUCUUGGUAUGAAAUAAUGGUGGCAAAAUUGUUAUAUUCCAAUCCAACCAUUAAAUCUUACGAACUGCAAUACCACACCAAGGUAUGACAACAUGCAAGAUUGUGUUACAAAAUAAUACCAAGUGCUGAAUCGUACAUCCUGUCUCUAUCUAGUUUUGUAUUGAUUUGUGCGGAGGAAAGAAUGCUCUUCAGAUGUGGCAUAUGAUUCUUCUAGCUGCAAUAGAAUUUGAUGUUCACACUGUCAUAAAAUUGAGCAGGUACAGAAUUGUUAAGAAACUUUUAACCCUUCCAAAAUUCGUUUCCACUUUUCUCCAUUUUCUAUUCUUGUCUCUUAGUGAAUGUUUUGGAAACUGGUGGUUCGUUGCACACUUGGUAGAUUUGUUUCAUCAUAGUGAUCUGUUAGAGUCACAUCAAACUCAGUAAGUUCAAGAGUUUGUCUUGAUUCUACUGAUAUACAGUGAACAAAUACCAUUUUCAUGUUUACUCAAUGUUUAGUGACGUCUAUCAAGUUGAUUUGAGAGAAUUUUUGUUAUUGGAGUACGCCUCGAGUCUCAUGUCACAUCAAAGGUACAGUACUUUACAGUCGCCUCUCUGGUAUGGAUACUUCUCUGAUACAGACACCUUUCUAAUAUGGACCCUCUAAUACGAACACCUUAAAUUUCUAAUACAGACUCCUCUCUAAUACAGACACAACUCGAAUACAAACCCUUCUCUAUAUGGGCACCUCCCUAAUACGCACACCUCUCUAAUACGCACACCUCUCUACUACGCAUACCUCCCUAAUACGCAUACCUCCCUAAUACGCACACCUCCCUAAUACGCACACCUCCCUAAUACGUACACCUCUCUAAUACACACACCUCCCUAAUACGCACACCUCCCUAAUACGCACACCUCCCUAAUACGCACACCUCUCUAAUACGCACACCUCUCUCUAAUACGCACACCUCUCUAAUACGCACACCUCUCUAAUACGCACACCUCUCUAAUACGCACACCUCUCUAAUACGCACACCUCUCUAAUACGCACACCUCUCUAAUACGCAUACCUCUCUAAUACGCACACCUCUCUAAAAUGGACACCUCUCUAAUACGCACACCUCUCUAAUACGCAUACCUCUCUAAUACGCACACCUCUCUAUACGCACACCUCUAAUACGCAUACCUCUCUAAUAUGGACACUUUACUGACUCUUUAGUGUCCAUAUUUGUAGGUCCAACUCAUAUGAACAUUUGCUAACAAUUUUAUUGUUUACGUAGCUUGUGGCAAGUAGCAGCGGAUUAUUUUUUAAACUGUCCUACACGAGGAAGGUGAGCUUAUUCCACCACAUCACAAAAUUCCUGAGAUCAUGGUAGACGAACGAUAAACUAUAGUCUCUACUUACACAAUAUGUCUCCAAGAUAAUGUCUGCCUGUAUAUUAGUACUGAGAUAGUUUUGUUUUCAAGACAUUACUUGGAAGAAUACAUAGAUCAAAUUCCUCUGGAGAAUGAGUUCAAAGCUUUUAAAGUUUUAAACCUCUGUCAGAAGUUGGAUUUCCCCACACAGGGUAACUCAUUUUAGAAGUUGUACUUUAUCUUUGUAACUAAAAUGGUAUGGCUGCAUGAAUUAGGAUUUGAUUUAUAUUUCCCAGCGUUAAGUAUCUGUAAACAGAUGGGCAUGAGAGCAUAUCACAAUAACAGACUGGGUUCUGCAUUGUCUUGGUGCAUCAGAGCAAAGGUAAGUAAAAACAGUAAAAAUCGAAACAAAAUAAUUAUAUUAUUCCACUAAACUAUGGUUUAUAUGAUGACGUCACUUUGCUCAGCUACAGUAGCACUCAGAGUAGCACUCUGAGGGCAGAAGUAGUUAGUAUGCAAGUCUAAUUUGGUGUCGGAAGUAAUUAGUAUGCAAAAUCUAUGACGUCACUUUGCUCAGCUAGCAACUGAGGGUAGAAGUAGUUAGUCAACCUCGUUCCCAGGCUCUUUGCUCUUGGAGCAAAGAGCCUGGGAACGAGGUUGGUAGUUAGUAUGUAAGUCUAAUUUGGUGUCGAAAGUAAUUAGUAUGCAAAAUCUAUGACGUCACUUUGCUGGGCACGCCUGGGCCAAAUGUCAUAGGAAACGCGACCAAACACAAUGAGGAAACGCGACCAAACACAAUGACGUAACGCGACCAGCUAAUAAUUAACCUUAUUCUCUUAACGAGAAAGCUCCAGAUUGAGAGGAAUUCAACUACCUGAAAAAUACAAGUAAAAUUUCGACGUUUCAAGCCCUGUUUUUACCACAACCUACGCUGGCACAGUUCGAGUUUAUGUUACUGAGCAUUUUUAUCACUAUCUUCUUUUCAGGAUCCCGCCUUUGCUUCUUUUAUUUCCGAAAGGUAAAUUUCGUUUGCAGUCCCAACAUCUUAAGAUAUUUGGAUCAUUCGCUGUUUUGAAGCACAUCUUUGCAAUUGAGAACAAUAAACCUUUCUUCAUUUUCAAUAUCUAGGUUCACCGAUGAAUAUUUCAAUAAGGGAGAAUUUUCAAGCUUAGAUCUGAUUGACAACCUGGGAUCAUCAAUGUUACUUUGCGAUCGACUUACAUUCCUUGGUAAUGUACCAUGAUUAAUACUGCAUCAUCCAUCUAUACUGAUUCUGAAAACAAAUCAUGUUGACAGGCUACAGGGUCCUACAGUAUACUCCAAUCUUUUCUUUGCCAAACUUCAUCCAGACGGAUUUAUUCACUGGCCAAGCUGUAUUUUAGAGAAAUGAAGUCUGUUUUGCAGUAGUGUUAAUUUUUUCUUCAAUUUUUUUCAGGAAAAUAUCGAGAAUUUCACUUAAUGUAUGAAAAUGGAGACUUUAUGGACGCUGCACAUCUCUUGAUAUCGUUACUUGCGUCAAAUCUCGCUCCAAAAAGGUAAGAAAAGACCAUUAUCUCUGAAGAUAAUUUGUAUAAUACUGAAUAACAAAGAUUCUUCAUUUUCCCAGAAUUUGGUUGUCCUUGCUCACAGAUGCUUUACCUUUGCUGGAACACGAGAAGGUCAGAUCAGAUAACAUAAAUUCGUUGUUUUACUACUGUAUGACUAAAAUAUAAAUAUUGUAUAUUUCAGGUGAUUUUUACAAGCGAGCAAACGUACGAGCUGAUGCGUUGUUUGGAAGAGCUCAGACUUUCAUUCAAGUCGGCAGAAUACCUCGGAAAUUCAGAGAAACCUACGUCAGACAAGGAUAACAACAGCAUUGAUACAGCAUGGAGCACUAAGGUAGGGCCAAAGAAGGCCUAAACGUGCAGUGUUAACAAUCUAAAUGCUUGCAUUGCUCAUAUCACCUCGGGUUCGAUCAUAACAUCUAAGUUGAAUGCUUAUGCCGAACAUAUUCAACGGCAUAAACAUCUAUAAGUUGAAUGCUUAUGCCGAACAUAUUCAACGGCAUGAACAGAUCUAAGUUGAAUGCUUAUGUCGAACAUAUUCAACGGCAUAAACAUCUAUAAGUUGAACAUAGUUAAUACUGUACGAAUAAGGGAUGGUCCUUUCUGGACCUCUAGGGAGAACAGUUUUAGAACUGAUGGAGCGAUAGUCGCUUAUUCCACGACGUAGAUUUCUUCGAAAGAUUCUACAACUACUGUACACAAUUGUAUUUCAGAUUGCAGAGCAAGAUAAAGAUGGUUUAUUUGAGCCAAUUCGUCUGGCUUUAGCAAGAAACCUAUCUCGUGCGUUGUUGGUAUAUGGUUAACUGAUAAAUUACUUCAACACAGCACAACAGCAGCCAAUAUUUUGUAAAUAGCUACAUAUUUUUCGCGAUGCAAUAAAUUUUGACUACACUAUCUUGUACUUUGUUUAUUUCUUGAAAAGAAGCUUUACAAAUGUUUUCGUGGGGCUUGAAAUUACAAUAAAAGUUUUUUUGGAUUUGGU